AUGGGAAGCGUCGAGGAGAUCCCAACUGUAAACAUUAGCGCCUGGCUGAAUCCCUCUUCCACAGAAGAGGACCGCCAAAACAUAGUUGAUGCAAUGCGCCAUGCCUGCACCACCUACGGUUUCCUCAACCUCGUGGGCCAUGGAGUCACACUCGAAGAGCAAAAGCAGGCGAUGGACUGCGCUAAGCUCUUCUUUACGCUCUCUGAAGAAGAGAAGAUGGAUGUGUGGAUUGGUAAGUCUAAGGGAAAAUCAUUUCGUGGAUACGAGCCGCCGGGCAUUCAAGUCCAUCAGGAGGGCCUCUUGCCGGAUACUAAAGAGUGCUUCAUCAUCGGUCAUGAGGUUCCCGAAGAUCAUCCUGACAGCGGCACGUUCUCUACCGGACCAAAUCUUUGGCCAAAGUCUCUCCCAGACGACAAGUUUCGCAUCCCUAUUAUGCGAUACCAGGCUCGUAUGGUCGAGUUGGUGAAAGUGCUUCUCAAAAUUCUUGCACGUGGUUUACCCAAGGAAUGGAACUGCCCGCCUGAUGCAUUGGAUGCGUUGGCUGAGAAUGAUCCUUCCAUUCCCAUGCGACUGCUUCACUAUGCUCCUCAGCCUGUCAGAGAUGAGAGACAAUUCGGCGUUGGCGACCACACUGACUUUGGAUGUAUCACCAUACUCUUACAAGAAAUGGGCACUAAGGGCCUCGAAGUGUGGUACCCUCCCACGGAAACCUGGAUCCCUGUUCCUCCACAGGAGAACGCCUAUGUGAUAAAUAUCGGGGAUAUGGUUCAGAAGUACACAGGUGGAUACUACCGCAGUGCCCGUCAUCGGGUGGUCACCUUUAGUGAGAAGCAUAGGUAUAGCGUCCCUUUCUUCCUGAAUGGUCAAUUGAAGUUGAAGUGUACGGCACUUGACGGUUCGGGCGUCGAGACGAUUGUUGGGGAGCAUAUUCGAGGUCGACUCAUUGAAACCAUGGGAAAGACUGGUGAAAAGCUCAAAUAG